GGUAGAGGGUGAUCCACCGUAGCGCCUGUUAGGUGUUUUGUAUGCCCUUGUCUUUUACUUUUAAAUGUUGAUGUAAUCUAUUUUACACGUUUCAGUACAGACUCUAUCUUGAUCUGCGGCUAAUCUGAUAUAAAAGCUCAGUGAUGGCGACAUACCAGGAGUUCAUCCAACAGAAUGAAGACAGGGACGGCGUGAGGUUCAGCUGGAACCUCUGGCCCUCAAGUCGUUUGGAAGCCACAAGGAUGGUGGUACCACUCUCCUGUCUCUUCACUCCCCUCAAAGAGAGGCCGGACCUGCCCCCAGUCCAGUACGAACCAGUGCUGUGCAGCCGAGCCAACUGUAAGGCUGUGCUCAACCCGCUGUGUCAAGUGGACUUCAGAGCCAAAAUAUGGGCCUGCAACUUCUGCUUCCAAAGAAACCCAUUCCCACCCUCUUAUGCAGGCAUAUCUGAAGUGAACCAGCCAGCUGAGCUCAUGCCGCAAUUCUCCACGAUUGAGUACAUAGUACAGCGUGGGUCAGUAGCCCCUCUGAUCUUCCUGUAUGUGGUGGAUACAUGUUUGGAAGAGGAGGACCUCCAGGCCCUCAGGGAGUCUCUGCAAAUGUCCCUCAGCCUGCUGCCACCCAAUGCCCUGGUGGGCCUCAUCACCUUUGGCCGUAUGGUCCAGGUCCAUGAGCUCAGCUGUGAGGGCAUUGCCAAGAGCUAUGUCUUCAGGGGCACCAAGGAUCUCUCCUCUAAACAGAUUCAGGAGAUGCUGGGUUUAAUGAAGCCAACGGCAUCAGGACAGCAAGGUCGUCCGCUUCCACCUCAAGAUGGCACAGCUACUUGCAGGUUCCUGCAGCCUGUCCACCGGGUUGAUAUGAACCUGACUGACUUGUUGGGAGAGCUCCAGAGGGACCCCUGGCCAGUCCCCCAGGGUAAAAGGCCCCUCCGCUCCACUGGUGUGGCACUAUCUGUGGCUGUCGGUCUACUUGAGGGUACAUUCCCCAACACAGGGGCCCGUGUGAUGCUGUUUACAGGUGGCCCCCCUACCCAGGGCCCAGGAAUGGUGGUUGGGGAUGAGCUGAAGACCCCCAUCCGCUCAUGGCAUGACAUCCAGAAAGACAAUGCUCGUCACCUGAAGAAAGCUACCAAGUAUUACGAAGCCCUUGCAAACCGCUCAGCAGCCAACGGCCACAGUAUUGAUAUCUACGCAUGUGCUCUGGACCAGACUGGACUGCUGGAGAUGAAGUGUUUAUCAAACCUCACUGGGGGCCACAUAGUGAUGGGCGAUUCCUUCAACACAUCCCUGUUCAAGCAAACCUUCCAGAGGGUCUUCAGUAAAGACUACAAUGGAGAGUUCCGCAUGGCCUUUGGGGGCACUCUGGAGGUUAAAACUUCAAGGGAGCUGAAAGUGAGUGGUGCCAUUGGACCAUGUGUGUCACUCAACUCCAAGGGUCCCAGUGUUUCAGAGAAUGAGAUGGGUAUUGGUGGUACAAACCAGUGGAAAGUGUGCAGUCUCAGCCCCUCCACUACUCUGGCUUUGUAUUUUGAAAUAGUGAAUCAGCACAAUGCACCCAUCCCUCAGGGAGGCAGAGGGGUGGUCCAGUUUGUCACCCAGUACCAGCACUCCAACACUCAGAGGAGGAUACGAGUCACCACUAUUGCCAGGAACUGGGCAGAUGCCCAGUCCCAGAUCCAGCACAUUGAGUCGUCAUUUGACCAAGAAGCAUCCGCCGUGCUCAUGGCUCGCCUGGGUGUCUUCAGGGCAGAGUCAGAGGAGGGGCCUGAUGUCCUGCGUUGGCUCGAUAGACAGCUCAUCCGCCUGUGUCAGAAGUUUGGCCAGUUCAAUAAAGAUGAUCCCACCUCUUUUAAACUGUCAGAGGCUCUGUCCCUCUACCCACAGUUCAUGUUCCACUUGCGUAGGUCGCCCUUCCUGCAGGUGUUCAAUAACAGUCCAGAUGAGUCCUCCUACUACAGGCACCACUUUGUUCGUCAAGACCUGACCCAGUCCCUGAUUAUGAUCCAGCCCAUUCUCUACUCCUACUCCUUUUACGGGCCUCCAGAGCCUGUGCUGCUGGACAGCAGCAGUAUCCUACCAGAUCGAAUCCUCCUCAUGGACACUUUCUUCCAGUUGGUCAUCUUCCAUGGAGAGACCAUAGCCCAGUGGCGUAAAGCAGGCUACCAGGAGAUGGCAGAAUACGAGAACUUCAAACAGCUGCUGCAGGCUCCACUGGAUGAUGCCCAGGAGAUCCUGCAGACCCGCUUCCCCAUGCCGCGCUAUAUUGAUACAGAGCACGGCGGCUCCCAGGCACGAUUCCUGCUGUCCAAGGUCAACCCCUCGCAGACCCACAACAACAUCUACAACUGGGGACAGGAGGCGGGAGCCCCUAUCCUGACUGAUGACGUCAGCCUCCAGGUAUUCAUGGACCACUUAAAGAAGCUGGCAGUCUCCAGUUCUGCAUAGACAUCCUUAUUCAGACCAAAUUAAGGGAUACAAGAGAGAAAAUGAUGAAGGCAGUCAUUCCUAUAUUAACACUUGGACCCUCUAACAUCUCUGUUGUAAAGUGAUGGACUCAAGCUGGGAGAGUUGAUAAUGAUGUACUAUGUGCUGUAAUAUUGUAUAAAUAUAUUAUGUUAUGACUUUAUCUGUAGAUAAAGAUGCCGUGCCCAGAAUUUUCUCGUUGAUUAAAUUGUUGCUAAAUUGAUUGUGAUGGCACAUGCUAAUGUUAAGAAAGUCUGGUGAUCAAAAAGUUCCCUAGGUUGUUUAUUGCAGUGCCAGUCUGUGAAUCACAAUUUAUUUGAUAUAAAUAGAUUCGGAGAAUAAAUCUACACAGAUUACCUUUACAUUUUUUUCAAGAAAAUUUCCUUUUGAAUGUUAAUGAAAUAUGUUCUGAGGAGUGCAAGUCUAUUACAGUGCUACUGUUAGUUGUUGACAGAGGCAGACUUGAAUUUCAAUGAUGAACUGUGACAUGAUAGUUGAUGAUUUACCCUUUACGAUGUUUUUGUCCUGACAGACUAAAUUUACUGUUUCU